GCGCGCGCAAAUGAGCAAAUUAUAGAAACGUAAAUUACUCUUAAAAAGUAAUUAAUUACUAGUUACUCAUUACAUAUUCAAUAGUGUAAUUAGAUUACUGUCCAAAUUACUCUGUCCAAAAAGUAUUUAGUUACUCAUUACUAAUUACUUUCUAUAUCCUACAUCAACCUUGAUAAGUUAAGUGAUUCAAGGAUAGACAUAUAACGGCUUAUUGAAUUCAUUCAAAAUAAUAAUAUUAUUAACUGAUCAAAGUAUAAUUAAUGUGAGCACAGAUUUUAAAGUAAGACUUUGAAUUUUGAUGUCAAUUACACCAUUGCACAUGCAUAUAUUUCACAAUGUAUUUAGUUUAAUUACAUCAAGUAACUGUAAUUAAAUUGCAGAAAACAUGUGAGUAAUCCCUUACUUUACUUUUUCAAGGGGAAAGUAAUUAAAUUACAGUAACUAAUUACUUAGUAACUAAUUACACCCAACACUGUAUACGACAGUGUUCCUCCAUUAACCUAUGACAAUGCUCCAUGCUGUUCAAAUUUCUGGAGAGCAUAUUUUCAUCAUUUAUUGUCACACAAGUGUUUAGUUCUGUAAAAUAUCUUUGAACAUCAUUGCACUGACAACAAGUGCACUGUAAAAGAAUAGAAAUAGAAUUAUAAAACGUGUCUUAAACAUAUUUAGAAUUGCAGGAUACCUCCGUUGACCAAUACCGUAUGAGUUAGAAUGGUUCAAUGUGUGCAAGCUCAAUAAUAAAACUAUUUUUUUCUCGGGUGCAUUCGCACUCUCUCGCGCACACUCAACCCCUCUCGCGCACUGUCAAUCCUUCUCGCGCACAUUCAACCCCUCUCGCGAACAUUCAACCCCUCUCGCGCCCACUCAACCCCUCUCUCUGCAUUCGCUUUACCUUUGUCAACUUCCGUGCCUCAUACCCCUCAUAGAGUCGGGCGCUCUAUCGAGGAGGCUAAAGACCGCAGUCGUGUCCUUGAGGCCGGGGAGUGAGGUUUACGUACUGCAGAGCACUUCACUAGCUUGCCUCCGUUACAGCAGCAGCAGGUGGAUCAUCCCACAAAUGUGAAACCGAUCCAGAAAAGCAGGAAGCAGAACCCAGUGCAGAUAGAAAAAAUAGAUAUUUUUUGAAGUUGUUUUUGUGACAAUGGAAGGCGGACCAUCGAGCUAUAAGGAAGCCUUUAAGAAGUCUGAGAAAACUGUUUGUCGCCUUUCUCUUAUCGAUAUUCAAGGUGUACCUCUCAAGAGUCAGAUUGUAAACAACUUGGAUUCAAUUUUACAAUUCUGCCCUGACCCAUCUGACCUGCUUAUUUCUACCUACCCUAAAGCAGGCACAACCUGGGUUCAGGAAAUUGUUGAUCUUCUUCUGAACAAUGGAGAUGCUGAAGCAUGCAAGAGAGCACCCAUAAUUUCUCGUAAUCCUUUCCUGGACAGCUGCCUUCCUCCACCCUUACCAUCAGGGCUUGACUUACUCAAAGAAAUGAAACCCCCAAGAGUCAUAAAGACUCAUAUGCCCAUUCAACUAGUGCCUAAAGGAUUCUGGGACAAUAAAUGCAAGAUGAAUUUAACCCACCCAGAACCAGGCCCUUGGGAUGGAUACAUUCAGAAGUUCAUGAAGGGACAAUUGUCUUGGGGCUCUUGGUAUGAUCAUGUUAAAAGUUACUGGAGGGAACGAAAGGAAAGAAAUAUCCUUUACCUUCUCUAUGAGGACUUGAAAGAGAAUCCUGUUCGGGAAAUCAAGAAGAUUAGGCAGUAUCUUGGUGUUUUGGUUUCUGAUGAUGUCAUCGAGAGGAUUGUGCAGUUGACAUCUUUCAAAACCAUGAAGGAUAAUCCUAUGGCCAACUAUUCCUUUAUUCCAAAGUUAUUGUUUGAUCAGUCUGUUUCUCCCUUCAUGAGAAAAGGAGAGGUCGGUGACUGGGUCAACCAUUUCACUCCAGCUCAAUCCCAGGUGUUUGAUGAAGACUAUGCAAAACAAAUGAAGGAUGUGGAUAUUCCGUUCCGUUUCAGAAUUUGAUUACUUAUUGUUUUGUGCAACUUUAAAGAUGCAGAAAAAGUAAUUAAUUUACAUUUGUGGCUUUCAGGCUUGCACAGUUAUCAUGAAACAUUGAAAACUAUCAGAACAAUUCUUAAAAAGUUAAUUUGUUAAUUAUUAACGCUAUUUGACACAUUAUGGGGCAGAUUCCAAGAUACUUAAGUCUAGUCUAGACCCAUUUUUUUUUACUGCUCUCUAAACUGGAAACAACUUGCACUGUCAUAUCUUAAAACCAAGAUCACAUACGACUUUGUGACAUUGUCACGAACGGCAAUCUAUUAAUUCAUGUUCAUGGACACAAAUUUCCCCCUUUUUUCAUGUCACCUGGCACAACUUUCAAUGUAACGUACUUUAAUACACUGUAUUUCAUGUGUAUAAAUAUAUAUAAAUUAAUCUGAUGGGAAUUCAUACCAUUUCUGUGAAUUCCUAUUUCCUACGAUCUCAUUAGUAUGUUUUGUAAUGAUUUGACUUUGCUAUAUGGUUUGGGGUGAGGUUAGGUUUUGGUUGGCCACCUCCUAAAAUAUGAAUUCUUUUGAUUUCAGUUUAUAAAUAUAUAAAUGUAAAUAUUUAUAUACACACACGUAUGUGUAUGGAAGUCUUGCUGACUGACAUGAAAAAAAUGGAAAUUCAUGUCCAUGAACACAAAUAUAUAGAUUCCAAAUUUCAUGCCAAUGCCACAAACUGACUUGAGACUAGGUCGAUUAAAAUUCAUCAAUGCCAUUGUGUACUCUUUAAAAUGCACACAAAUUAUUAGUGUAAUAUAAUAUAAUGUAGUAUAAUAAUUGUGUUAGUUUUGUGUCAAAGAUAUACACGUGUUCAGUUAAGGACAAUGCGUUUUGUAAUUCAUAAAUGAGCUGGCAUGUUUCAUUUAUGAACCAGAGCUCUUGUUCAACAGAAACUAAUGCAAUGCAAAGACCUGUAUGAUUUUUUUGCAUACUGAUUUCAGUUAAUACAAGUUUUUUUACUAUGAAUAUCAUUCUUAAACAAUAGUUACUGUUUUAAAAAUUUGUUACUGUUCUACAAACACCAUAAUUAAACUGGUUUGUAGUAAAACCAGUUAACUUUCCUAAUAAACAUUUCCACUGUAAGUGAUAUGCAGAUAUGCAGAUAUUUGUAUAAUUGUAUUUAAAAGAAUUCAAGACUUAUGAAUGUAUACUAAUGUGUACCAAAUACUUAAAAUAAUUUACGAGCGAAAAUUAUGUGUUUACGUUUUCCUUCCAUUAUGUAAGACAAAUCAGUCAUGUCAUGCACUCUUUAAUCUGUGAUCGCUUUUGUUCUGCAUGCUGUUAAAGACAGUAGUAUAGUACAUUUGAAAGAAUAUUAUUGGUUAAAGCUACAGAACGAACACACCCCUCACUGAACGAACACACCCCUCACUGAACUAGACCUCCAUCUGAGUCUGAUUGAGGCAAGACCAAGGGCUUUUUGCCUCUUUAAGCCGAGACUCGUAGGAAAUUUGAAACCUCUGCUGUCUUUCAAGGCCUGUAAAAAAUGUGUUUUAAAAAUAAAUAAACAAACAAACUUAGCAGCAUGAUCUGGGCUGUAUGUUAAGGUUUUUGGCACGGAGUAAAGAGGAUAAAAGUUUUGUAGCACAGGCCAAACAGUUGAAGCACAAGUGUACAUCUGUUAUCAUCUUUGAAAAAAGAUGCAGGUCAUCACAUAAAUAGACAGUUAACUGAAAGGAUAUUAAUGUAAUAUAAAUGGAUAUAUAAGGGCCUUAGUUGUUUUUCCCAAUUUCUUCCGAAAGAGUUCUGUAUUUUCGAUGCUCUACUACAAAGUAGUAAAUAAAUUUGUCCAUAACAA